UCACAUUGCUCAUGCACAAACACAAUCUACAGAUAGAAACAUGAAAAAACAAACUUCAGCUCUCAGAGUAUUCUAGUCUCCUCCAUCCGCCACUCUCUCCUCUGUUUUUUUUCUCUCUCUCUCUCUCUCUAGAAAUGGAGAAUGUGGUGAGGCAAGGGAGGUCACUGGAGGAGACGCCGACGUGGUCAGUCGCGUCUGUCACCACGGUCAUGGUUUUCGUCUGUUUGCUCGUCGAACGAUCCAUCUACCGGUUCGGCAAGUGGUUGAAGAAGACAAGGAGGAAGGCACUGUUUGCUUCUUUGGAGAAGAUCAAGGAAGAGUUGAUGCUACUUGGGCUUAUAUCUUUGUUGUUGGGGCAGUGGGCAAGUUGGAUUUCUCAAAUAUGUGUGAAUUCGUCUCUUUUCAGCAGUCGAUUCUAUCUUUGUUCUGAAGAGGAUUACGAUGAAAAAUUCUUGUUCACAAAGUCCUUCUCAUCUCUAAACAAGACUGAUAUUCCUCCAGGACUCAACUAUCCUAUAUCUCACCAAUGUGGAGAGGGACAUGAACCUUUUGUUUCAUAUGAAGGUCUUGAACAGCUUCACCGCUUCUUGUUUGUUCUUGGUAUCACUCACGUGCUGUAUAGCUGUGCUGCAGUUGCUUUGGCCAUGAGUAAGAUUUACAGCUGGAGGAAGUGGGAAAAUCAAGCAAGCCUAGCUCUAGACGCAAAUUUGCAAGCAAGGGUGAACAAGGUAAUGAAGCGUCAGUCCACCUUUGUUUUACAUCAUGCAUCACAUCCUUGGAGCAGGAGCCGUGUUCUUAUCUGGAUGCUUUGCUUUCUACAACAGUUCAAGAGUUCAAUACAGAAGUCAGAUUACUUGGCAUUGCGACUUGGUUUCAUCAGCAAUCACCAACUUCCGCAUACAUAUAAUUUCCACAGAUACGUGGUUAGGAGCAUGGAAGAUGAGUUCUAUGGAAUGGUGGGGAUCAGCUGGCCACUCUGGGCUUAUGCCAUACUAUGCAUCUUUAUCAAUAUUCAUGGUUUGAACAUUUACUUCUGGCUUUCCUUCAUCCCUGCCAUUCUUGUCAUGUUGGUCGGAACAAAACUCCAGCAUGUUGUGUCAUUGUUAGCACUUGAGACUGUGGAGCCAAAGGGAAAAUUUGUUGGAACUCAAGUAAAGCCACGUGAUGAUCUCUUUUGGUUUGGGAAACCAGAGAUAUUGUUAAGGUUAAUACAAUUCAUAUCAUUUCAGAAUGCUUUUGAGAUGGCAACAUUUAUAUGGUCCUUGUGGGGAUUUAAGCAGCGAUCAUGUUUCAUGAAGAACCAUUCAAUGAUCAUCAUCCGGUUGAUUUCAGGUGUUCUUGUUCAGUUCUGGUGUAGCUACAGCACUGUACCUCUGAAUGUUCUCAUCACACAGAUGGGAUCGAGGUGCAAGAAAACUGUGAUUGCUGAGAGUGUCCGAGAAUCACUGCAUAGUUGGUGCAAGAGAGUGAGGGAGAGGGCCAAACGCGACGCUUUUCGUUCAGUUACUACAAGGUCUAUAUGUUCCCUCGAGUCAAUAAUGGAUGAGAGGGACGAAAUCAUCACUGUCGGAUCUGGUACUUUAUCAAGGUGUUCUUCCGCGGGCACACUAGACCACAUUGAAGUAAAUGUACCUUCGGAUGAACUGGGAACCUAUUUUGAGCCUUCAGAUCCACACCAGCGUGAAUUUUCCUUUCGGAUAAUACAAAAUCCAUCCGAGCCUUUUAGCAACAGUUCAUCGGAAACGCUCGUUGAUGGUGUAGAAGAUAAUGUGGAUGAUGGAGAAAUCGGCAAAGCCAUGACUCUUAUGGAGCUAUUUCAAAAAACAAAUUAACUACCUCCGAUUUCAGAAGUGAUGUAUUUUCCAGAUUUCCUGUAACAUGGGAUGAACUCAAUAUCGAUUUAUACCAUGGAAGGUUUAGUUCAACCACCCGUUCUAUUGUGGGAUUUAAAAUGAUUGUGAAGAUCAGCUGAAGCAUAUAAUACUGAGCAUAUAAAUUGCCUCUUUUCCUUUUUUGGUGUG